GACAGGAUCCAGGCGUCAUGACGAGGGCUGGAUUGGGUUUCAGCAACUUGCGCCGCAGCUACGACAGCGAGUAGUUAAUUGUGUCAAGCUUUUGGUCAGUUAGUCAAAAGACGUCGCUUCCUUCUUCUUUUGGAAGUUUUUCGUUACAAUUCCAGCAAGGGUAGGAUAUUACAGCCCGUGAUGUUCAACCCACACAUCCAUCAUCAGCAGCAGCAGCAGCAACAGCAGCUCCACCAGCACCUGCGGCAGCUCCAGCAACUUUUCCAGCAGCAGCCUCCGCCUCCACCACAGCCACCACCCGCACACCAUGUCAGCCAUCACCACCAGACACAGCGAGCCAUUCCUGUUCCUCCUCAGACAGCCCCUCCUCCGAGGAUGGUCAACCUCUGCCAGGCAACCCAGACAACCAUUCUCGCCCCCAAUCCCAUGCUGCAGGGUGCUCUGCUGAUGCAGCAGAUGCAGGGCAACAUGCGGGGCUUUGGGAUGGGUGGGCAGCAGUUCCGGCAGUUCUUCACUGCAGGGACCAGGUCAUCCCUGCUGGGACCAGUUCCCAUGGGCAUGGCCAUCAAGUCCCCCAUCAUGGGUUUCCCAGCUGCACGACCCUUCCACCCACAUGCUCGCUUCUUCAACGCCACUACCCCCACCACCACAGCCUCUUCCUCCUCUUCCAUCUCUACCACAGACUCUCUGUCUCGCCAGUCAGACAGGAAGAGGGACAAUGAGCAGAUGGCAGCAGGGAGCACAGACGACCAACCACCAGCACCUGCGUGCAGUAUUAAGGAAGUCACUGAUGAGACCCAAACAGAUGGUGCUGUGGGAGGAGUGGAUGGACAGAUCUCUGAGGAGCAACUUGAAGAACCCAAAGUGAAGAAGCAGAGAAGAGAAGGCUCAGAGAAACCCAAAGAGCAGCAUGCUGUUGAGGACAACGCUACUCCUCUGGCAGAGUGCAACAGUAACACCGAGGACAUCCAGCCAGAAGGCUGCAGUAUUCAGGAGGAUGAAGUCCUUAGCAGGGGAUCAGAGGUUGUUGAAGCACUGGAGGAAACCAGUUCUGACCAGUCUUACAGCUGUUUGUCAGCCCAGCCGCCCUCUGGCAGGCUGAGUGAAGGGGACCAGCAGGUAAGUUUAACGGGAGAGGAGACUUCACAGGUCAAAGACGCGUCUUUGGUGUCACUGGACAGCCAAGACGAAGAUGAGGAAGGUGUGGCGGAGGGCUCAAACAAGUUCUACUGCUACCUUUGCAGCAUCACCUGUCACAACCAGCAAAAUUUCAGGAGCCACAUGAACAGUAUUUCCCACCAGCAGAGGAUGAUGGAGAUCCAACACAUGAGCAAUGCUUGUCUGGUCUCUCUGCUGCCACGAGUGCAGGAGUCUCUUCAAGGGGCGAACAAAGACACAGAAAAAAAAGCAGACUCAAAACGUUGGUGUGCCACCUGUCGCUCCCACUUCACCUGUAACCUCACAGACCACCGUCGCUCAGUGGAGCACAAACUUGCAAGUAGAACAGACAUCUUGUCCUGCGCAGUCUGCAAGAAACGAUUCAAGACCUCCCAGAACUUUUUGGAGCAUUUGCACUCUCAGGAGCACAGACAGAAGCUUCAGGAAAAUGGCUGUGAAGCCUUGGCCAAGCUGACUGCCAUGGACACAGAUGGCUUUUCGUUAGAGGAGGAUGAGGAGGGGGAGGAAGGAGAGGAAAGGCGGAGUAACGAUGGAGACCAAAGAGGCACACAGUUACAGGACGGAUGGUCCUCCCUUAAAGAAGUAACCCCCAGUGACAUGGCCAGUGAUGAGCAGUAUGACCCCGAUACAGUCUAUGGGUCCAGUUUUCUAGUUCCAGUGGCAGGCUUCAUCUGCAGACUCUGCAACAAGUUUUAUCACUUUGAAUCCUCCGCCCUGCACACCCACUGCAAGUCACAGAACCACUUUGAGAACCUCAAGAGAUACAGCACCCUGGCUCAAAAAGGUGAUCAGUCGUCCGGGGGAGCCAUUCAAGCUGCUGAAAGCUUCCAGUCUGAAACAGAAGCCCCCACAGACUGCUCAGAUGACAUGGAGGCCGCCGCUAAUGUGAACUCCAUGCAGCCCGUUGUUACAGUCAGCCGAAUGAAAACAGACAACCAGCUGGAAGAGAAUCAACAAAAAACCGACUCAACCUCACAGGUCUCAGCAGCCAGCACAGAGGACUUGGACAAAGCUCUCAGCCUUCACCAGGGGGUGGAGGACGGCUCUCCCACGGUGAGCCCAGCUGAGCUGCCUGCUGGCAGCAGAGAGGAGGCGGGCUCGGAGCCAGCACCUGCACAGGAUUCCAACGAGGAGGAAGAGGAGCCUCCCGCUGCUCCAGGGAAAAAGAACAGCACAGGGAAGGCAAAAGCCACGGCCAAGCGCAGGUCAGGAAGGGCCACAAACAGACGCUGAGUCAGAAACGUGUUUUGGAAGGGAGCUCACAUCUUUGCAUCACUAAAACAUGAAGUUACUUUAUGUCAGAGGUGCUUUAUGGAACUGAGACCAAGGAGUCAAAAGCCCUUCCCCUCUCCACCCAGUCAAGAGGUAAACACGCUUCAGCAAACAGGUCAAUUAGGACUUCUCUCCUGGCAUGGGAGAUGGACAGCUGCUCAGUAGAAGUUUGCAGCGUCUAUUGUGGGGACGCCUGUUUAAUUUGCCUCUCAGGUGGAAAAUUAGAUUUAUGGAGGCCAUUUACUAACCUCAGAACUUGCAUAACAUUAUUUGUCCAAAGCAAACCUCAGAUCUAUUUUUCUCAUAAAGGUUUUCAAUAAUCAAAUAAGAUAAGAGGCUCUGUGUGCUGGGUCUUAAAACCAUAUUAGCUUUUUCCACACCACAUCCAAGCAGGCUGAGAGCUUCUAGUGUGCUGUCCCCACUUUGACACUGUAACUGUACAGUCAGACAGUUGGACUUUAAGCAAGUAGUAAGGAAGCAGGAUGUUUGUAACAAAGAAAACUGAUUACAUUUACAUUUAAUGCAAACCCAAGAUUAUAGAUGCAACGUUGUAUUUUUGUAAGUGAUUGAGGAAUGACACCCCCAGUUUAAAAUGCAGUGCAGUCGCUGACCUAAACUAGCUGUCCAUGGUUCACUGAUGUUUGCUUGUGGCUCUCUAACCACCAUGUUGAUCAUCCACCCAGCUGUCCUUAAAUGAGCAGUCUGACGAGGGCCCGCUGCAGCUUCCAAUGCCUCCCCAGUUUCUUAACAAUCGUUGAAAAACCUCUACACGUGUAGUCAGUUAUACCUGCAGUACAGUGGAAACAUUUGACAUUUCUAACCAUGUAGCAAAUGCUUUUAGAACGCUGAAACGUAGAAUGUAGACAGC